AUGUCGCUAUCCGGAAAAGUAAUUGCGCUCUCAGGGGCGGCAUCAGGCAUCGGCCUCGCAACAGCGCGCCUGCUCGCCACCAAAGGCGCCAAACUCUCCCUCGCCGACAGUCAAGAGCAAGCUCUCCAGUCUCUCGCAACAGAGCUCCGCGCCGCCAGCCACGAGGUUCUCACCUUCGUCGUUGACGUGCGUAACCGCGCAUCAGUCGAAGACUGGACACAGCAGACGGUAGCGUGCUUUGGCAAGCUCGACGGUGCGGUAAAUUCGGCCGGUGUCGGCGGGAAGAACCUGCUUCUCCACGGCAUCCACGAAAUCGAGGACGAGGACUGGGACUGGGUGUUUGAUGUCAAUGUUAAAGGCGCGCUGAACUGUUUGAGGGCACAGAUUCCGCAUUUUAAGGACGGGGGAUCUAUUGUUAAUGUUGCCAGUCUGGGUGGUCUGAUGGCAGUAGCGAAGAACUCGGCGUAUGUGGCUUCGAAACAUGCGCUUGUGGGGUUGUGUAGGACGGCAGCAAAGGAGUUGGGGGCACGGAAUAUCAGGGUGAAUUGUGUUUGUCCAGGCCCGAUCGAAACGCCGCUUCUCAAAGAGGGCAACAACGCCGUGGAAUUGGAGAUGUAUGCAAAGUUUGCCCCAAUGCAAAGAAUAGGUCAGCCGGAAGAGGUGGCAACCGUUAUUGAGUGGCUUUUGUCAAGCAACUCGUGUUAUGUUACUGGUACUUCGCAAGUUAUCGAUGGUGGAGUAUAUGCUCAAUGA